AUGUUUUUUGGUGCGGCAAUUGAAGAUUUUUACAUUUCACUUUGUCGCAAAGCUCCACCGACUGAAGGCUUCGUCGCAAAGCAGUUCUUUACUUUGGAUCUCUUUGGCCCCAAGGAUUCUCCUUCAUCAUCCACCUCCACUGGACUCUUUGGGUCCCUUUUUAGCUCAUCCUCUACGGGUCAUGGAAAAAGCAGGAUUUGGGAGGUCAAUAUGACAAUGCCAAACAUGGAACUUCAGUUAUAUGACUCAAAGUGGAUGCAUACCCUGCAAGGACAAGAGUUCCAUAUAUCAAAAUGAAACUGUAGAACCAUGCUAUUUCAGCUCAUCAAUCUAUUAUGGAGGGCAAGAAGUUUAUUCUUCAAAUAGCCAGACCGCUACUUCUCAGCACAUUUUCACGAAAGAUGGUGGAGUUGAUGAUCAGAAUGGAAACAACAUAAAUAGUGCUUCAAGAGGAAAUUGGUGGCAGGGAUCUCUGUAUUACUGAAGUCUUUAUUGAGCUGAUGCAAAUUCUCCAUCCAAGAACCAUGGUAAAGUAGCGAUUAGUCCUUGCACUGAUUGGUUUAAGAUUUCCGUUUCUUUUCUUAGAAUAAGCAGCCGUGUGUUCUAGAUGCAUGUCUAGAAAUCAAGAUGCUAAUUUUUUGUAGAAAUU